UCGAAAGUAGUGGUUAAAUAAAAAAAAAAAUGGAGGUCACAACUUCAGUAUCCGUAAUUAUUGUUCUGUUUGCUAUUUCAACAUUAAGGAAGCUUGAGGCAUCCUUAGUUCCCAUAAAGCACACCUGGACAUAUGAACUGAAAUCGGUGGAAGCUCAUUCGGAUAAUCCAGAUUUAUGGAGUUUCAAUGAAUUUAAAGUGGAGCGCAUAAGUCGUGGGGUCUAUGCAGCUUCCAUAAGUUUUACCGUAAAUUUUGACAUUGUAGAAGGCGAUGAUACCGAGAUUGAAUUCCUUUCAUAUCGCAGUGAAAACGGUGUCAAAGAAUACAAACCGAUACCGUUUAAGGUGCAGCGUCAACAUCUUUUCAAAUAUUUCGAUAAUCUGUACAAACUUAUUAUGGGCACCUUGAAGGAAUGUUCCAAUAUGCCAGUAUUUGAGGAUAAAUUUGAACCUCCAUUCGAAAAGAAAACGUAUGUCUUGGACAAAUGCCAAUUCGAUCAAUCAGAGUUUCCACAACAUAUUCAGGAUGGAUUUUACAAGGUUAUUGUUAAUGGUUAUGGUGCGGCUACUUGGAAUAUGGUUUUCAUUGUCGAAAUUAUAAGUGAGUUGUAAAUUAGUGACAAUUUC